ACUGGAACCCGACGAUCGUGGCCCUGGUGUACAAUGUAUUAAAAACACUGAUGGAGAUGAACAGCAAACUGUUUGAUGAACUGACGGCUUCAUACAAAUGUGACAGACAGCGAGAGAAGAAGAAAGAGCAGGAACGUGAGGAACUGUGGAGGAAGCUGGAUGAACUCGGACUUCAGGAGACAUCAGCCAUCCAGAAUAACAGGCAUGAGAUCCAGUUCACGUACAGCAACAACAAUAACAACAACAACAACCUUCACGAUAAGGAUGAAAACCCAGCAGCAGCCAUUACUGACAGAAUUGAGAGCAACACCUGGGCCAAAUGACACUGCCCUCUUUCUUCUUUCCUCAGUGUUUUGCGGGUUUACAGAUGUAAACCAAUGUAGAGAGCAGUAAGGAUAUGGACCUUCAGCAAUAAUCAUUUUUUUAAGGAAGAUUUUAUUAGAUUUUUUUCCCCAAAAAUCUAUGUAAAACUAAAUCAAAAUGC